UAUAAAAGCACUUGAACCGCCAUUAGAGAGAGAGAGAGAGAAGAAAAAGCACAAGCAAAGCAAGUGAGGUUUGAACAAAGGCAGAGAAGAGAACCCAAGUCUCCAUCUCUUUCUCUCAAUCUCAGAUUUUCAAAAUGAGUACCAUGAAAUUUUGCCGCGAAUGCAACAACAUUCUCUACCCUAAGGAAGACAAGGAGCAGAAAAUCCUCCUCUACGCUUGCCGCAAUUGCGAUCACCAGGAGGUUGCCGAUAACAAUUGUGUCUACAGAAAUGAGAUACACCACGCUGUGGGGGAGCGCACCCAAGUCUUGCAGGAUGUGGCUGCAGAUCCGACUCUUCCACGUACAAAAUCAGUUCACUGUGCUCAAUGCGGUCACGGAGAAGCAGUUUUCUUCCAGGCGACUGCAAGGGGUGAAGAGGGUAUGACACUGUUCUUCGUUUGCUGCAACCCCAACUGUGGCCAUCGUUGGAGAGAUUGAGAUCGAUCUCCUUAUGAUUAAUCCCAUACUGUAGCUCAGUCUAGAUGCAACUGAUCACUAGCCAUUGUUCUUAGCUGGAUACAUUUAAUGGCGCAAUGAAAAACUUUUGAUUUAUCUUCCGGUGAAAGAAAUGAACUCUGUAAUGACUUGUUAUUGUGUACUUCCUGAAUCUCAAAUCCAACUGUUAUUGAAGUUUUGACAUUCUGAAAUGUCAGCCUAUAUGCGCUUUUUAACUCUGGUUAGAACUAUUUGGUUUGGUAUGAUUCUGAGAUCGCAGCUGCAAGCAGAUCAUUAUAGAAACAGCUACAAAAUCACAUGUAAAUGACAAUGUGCCAACAAUUUACGCUAUUCGGCUGGCAAGGAUGCUGGCAUUUUUCAAAAUCAA